AAUCCUUUUCCUACAUGAAAUUGGUGUACACGAGAAACAAGAAAAAGGUAAAAAAUGACCCGAUUUGCUCGUGCAUCAGAUGGAAACAGAAAAAGACCAUUGGAUGCCACAGAAUGGAAUGAUAUGAAAGAGAGCAGGAAGAAACAUAAGAAGGACAAGAAGAAGAAGGUAGAUCUAAAUGAUCUAGGUAACGCAAGUAAGCCUGACAAAUCAAUGAAGUCAAAACAUGAUGAUCAAGAUCAUAAAACAGGGAAAGGCAAAUCAAAGAAAAAGAAGCAGACUCAUUCAUUGAGCAGUAUUAAAGAAGAGGAUUCAACACUUCAACAAACCAGUUUAGAGUCUCGUCUUAGGAAUCUAUCACAAGUGACAACGCAAGAUCUUCAACUCAAGGAAGCUUACAAGAAAGUCAAAAGAAGUGAAAACAGAAGGUUGCACAGAAUCCAGAAAAGACAAGAUGAAACAGUAUGUUACAAUUGUCGAGAAUCAGGUCACCAGAUGUCCGAUUGUCCGGAGGUAAAAAGAGACAUGGAGCAGGGAACUGGAAUCUGUUUUAAAUGUGGAUCAACAGAACACUCUUCUUCAAGUUGCUCUGUCAGAUUACCACCAGGCAAAUUUCCCUAUGCCAAGUGUUUUAUUUGUGGGGAAACUGGCCACUUAUCAAAGCAGUGUCCUGAUAACCCAAAAGGACUCUAUCCCAUGGGUGGAUGUUGUAAAAUCUGUGAAUCUGUAGAGCAUUAUCAGAGAGACUGUCCAGAGCUUCAAAACCAACAAGGAGUUAAAAGUUACUGCCUGCCAACCAUAGGAGGGGCACAUACUAGUGUGGAUGCUGAGAUAGACCUGGAAGAAAUCAAGCCAACGCCUCCAGUAAAAAAGAAAAGUGGACCAAAAACUGUUGUGUUUUAAUAAAAAUGACUGCUGCACUG